AUGUUCUUACCAAGAUCUUCAAUUAGCUCCAGAAUGUUUCCACUCCUUUCUGACAAAAAAAGUGGCCAAACUCGCCGUUCAUUAUUACUUAUGGGAGUUACUUUUCUUUAUUUAGUAGCUGGUGCUAUAAUAUUUAGUUUAUUUGAAUAUGAAGAGGAUGAAAGAUCUAGACAAGAAGUAACGGCAAAAAGAAGAUUAAUGCAACAAAAAUAUAAAUUUUCUAAAAAGGAUUAUGCUCAAUUAGAAAAUAUUGUUGUCCAGUCAAUUCCUUUUUCUGCUGGCCGUCAAUGGCAAUUUCUAGGGUCAUUAUAUUUUUGUACAGUAGUGAUAUCAACAAUAGGUUAUGGACAUUCAACUCCGAAUACAAGAGCCGGUCGUUUAUUUUGUAUGGUUUAUGCAUUGGGUGGAAUUCCCUUGGGAUUGGUUACAUUUCAAUCGGUUGGUGAACGUAUUAAUCAUAUUAUUAAAACUUUGCUUGUGCAAAUACAAAAAUGUUUAUUUAAAAACAAAAAAUGGUUAAGUAAAUGGCAAAUAAAGUCCAGACAUUUAUUGUUUGUUUCUUUCUCUAUUGGAUGUAUUACAAUUGCAGUUGCAAUCUCAACAAUUGGUUUUGGAGACUUUGUCCCAGCCCAAACCAAUGAAAGAUUAAUGAAAGAACCUGGAUAUGUUCUUUUUACUUUAAUAUUUUUACUUUUUGGAUUGGCAAUAUUUUCAGCUUGUAUUAAUUGUAAAAUUCUUUAA